AUGGCCGGACUCUGGCAGAAGCAGAAGCAGCUGGAAAACUCCCUGCCCCCUGGGGGCAGGAGGCAGCCAGAGGGGGCAGAGAGGACUGGGGCAGGAGCAGGAGCCAGAGAAGAGCCUGUGGUGUUUUGGGGUCGAGGCCACCGGCCCCCGCUGCCCCCAGGGGUCCCCAUCCAGUCCUGCCCCCACCCCCUCUGCAGCUCCCCCCGGGGCCUGAGCAAGGCCUACAACGCAGCACGGGACCCUGGCCCAGGGCGUGGGGACCUCACAGAGACAACCCGGACCCAGUUUUUCCGAUCGCUCAGAGUUGGCCAGCAGAGGCUCGGGCUUCCCUUUGGUCAGCAGAACCCGCCGGAGACCCUGCACUUCGUGCCGUCCUCCUGUAGCCCCCCGGCCGGACCAGAGGCCCCGCAGAGAACGAGCACGGCUUUGGUGGCCCAGGAGCUGGUGGAUGACCAGGCGGGGAAAGGCUUCGAGGCUGGCAUCGGUUUGCAGAGGGACCAGGAUGACAUUCUUCCAUGUGAAGGUGUGCAGCAAGGAGAGGAGGGUCUGUCACCUGAAGAGAUAACAUUUUUGGAAGAGUUCCCCAUCGUGAAGGAGGAGCUAGAAGCAGGCAUCAGAAAGCUCCACGCCCUUGCAGACCACAUCGACACAACCCACAGAACACUCACCAAAACCAACAUGGCGGCCAACUCCAUGGCGGUGGUCUCAGGAGCCAUGAGCAUCCUGGCUCUAGUCCUUGCUCCAGCAACAGCAGGAGGAAGUCUGAUGUUCUCUGCUGCUGGUAAAGGUCUGGGGACAGCAGCUGGGGUCACCAGCGUCUUGAUCAACAUUUUGGGACACUUUCGAAAUCAAGAAGCCCGAGCUCAGGCCAGCAGCCUAGUGCCCACCCGUGGCCACGAGGUCGGGGAGCCCGGGGGGCAGAAGGCGUCUUACCUCAUGGCUGUUGGAAAGAUGGCUUAUGAUUAUGGAAGUGCCAUCAAGGAUAUUAAGAAGGACAUCCGCGCCCUUCAGAUAGCUAGAGCCCACCCACGUCUGGCCACUGCUGCUAAGCGUCUCCUGACCACUGGCCGAGUCUCGGCCCGAAGGAGCAGGCAGGUGCAAAGGGCCUUUAAAGGCACGACGCUGCUGAUGACGACAAACAUUCGCUUGCUGGGGAGUGCAAUGGCGGGCUUAUCCCUCGGCCAGGACUUGACCGCCCUCCUGAAGGACUGGAAGCGACUGAAGGAAGGAGCAAGGGCGAAGUCUGCGGAAGAGCUGAGGGCCCAGACCUGGGAGCUGGAAAGGACGCUGACAGAACUCACCCAGCUCUAUGAGAGCCUGAAGCGGAGGGGCAACCCCACCCCACCACUGGCCUCGCUCUUCCGGCUUGAGUGGGGUUCUCAUGGGUGCCCCAUGCCUGACUCCACCACGGCCAGUCAGGAAUUCUGA